AUAAUCAUUUACUCUUCGGUAUAUAGAAGAAGGGAAGGAUUGUAAUUUUGAGGAUUAAUAUUCUAAAGACAAUUUUAGUCAUUUUUUUAUCAUUGCGUUUUAAGUGGCCCAUUGUGGCUGUUUUCUCACAUUGCACAGAAGUAUGUUUGUGGGACAGUGUAAAUUAAUACUUAGCUUGAUAUUAGUGUCAGCAGUGCACGGCAAAACAAAAGGUGGAUGGGCUAGUUGGUCAGAAUGGAGCAGCUGGGGAAAAGGUUUAUGCUCAGGAAACCAACGUGUGAAAACAAGAGCUUGCACAAAUCCACUUCCAGACACAAAUGGUGAUUAUUGUGAUGGUGACAAUGCAAAGCAAGAAAGUGGACCAGUUGACGGUGGCUUAUCAGAAUGGUCACAAUGGAGCACCUGCGAAGUUCCAUGUGGUGGCUCAGUUGUCAACAGAACACGCUUGUGUGAUAACCCUCCUCCAUCAAAUGGUGGCUCCUUUUGUACUGGUUCUAUGGUUGAAACAAAGCUUGAAUGUGUUAUGGAGUGUCCUGAGGGUCGUACUGAUGGAGGUUGGUCUCCUUGGAGUCCAUGGUCAGCAUGCCCUAAAACAUGUACAAAGAAUGGUGGUGCCACAAUCAAGCGCUAUCGGCAGUGUAACAUGCCACUUCCUAUGUUUGGAGGAAAAGCUUGCCCAGGAAAUUUUACAGAGACAAUAUUUGGUUGCUUCAAUGUUUGUCCUGUUCAUGGUGGAUUUAGUGGGUGGUCAUCUUUCACAGAAUGUUCAAAAACAUGUGGCUCAGGAACAAUGCAUCGAAAACGAAUGUGUAACAAUCCAGUUCCAUCGGGUGAAAAUGCACGGAAUUGUAGUGGAGUAUUUACUGAAACCAAACAUUGCAAACUUGCAAACUGUAUAGGUGCAAUUGAUGGAAAUUGGGCUGGCUGGUCUAGUUGGAGUCCAUGCUCAGAAAAUUGGUUCUGCUUUAAAGGUCACACCAAAAGAUCUCGGGCAUGUACAAACCCUGCUCCUAAUAAAGGUGGUGAUAGUUGUAACGGUGCUGUUGAAGAAGUUAAAGUCUGCCCAACAAAAUCUUGCAAAGAUGAUAAGCCUACACCAUCACCAACACUUCCUGUUUCGCCUGGAGAUUACAUCCAUCGAGAAUGUGGUGGUGUGAAUUUGAAGUAUAUUGGAAGUAGUGCACCUGCUGGUGUCCUGAAGCAUUUAAACUUUAGAUUGAAAAAAUUUACUAGUGGAUACUUUGGAACAUUGGAGGAAGAGGGAGGCAGUGUAAAAAAGUACUGUUUUGAACCAUUUCCACUACUAACCAUCAAAGAAGCAGCAGACAAAGUUCCUUCAUAUAGAAAAACAGAUCCUAUACCAGAAUACAGCAAACCUGCAGAUGAAAACUUGCCCAUCCUUGGUUUUUCUGUUCGUGUUACAAAUGACCAAACCACUUCUCUGAAAGGAUGGGAUUUUGGAAUCAAUGAAGCCUACGAAUAUGUCCCCAAAAACAAAGUUCGUCUGCAUGAAGUUAUGUUCACUUACUAUUCAGAUGGAACACACUACGGUUUCCUUGCCAAGGGCCAAUUCCGAUUGUUUUCACCAACAAUAUUUAAAAGCGUCGUUUUCCGCAACGUUUCUUUUCUGGAUGAUGUGUCGUCUAUGCUAGGUACUGCUCAAAAGAUGCAGUUACGAGGCUUAGUAAAUGCAAUCGGACUACCAGAUGAUCUUGAUGGUGCUGCAGGUGCAGUGAUUGCUGCAAUUAAAAACCUUGGACUCUGGGAUUUUGAAUUUGGUCCAGUAUCUAUUGCUUAUGACUUUAAACACCUUUUUAAAUCACCAUUUCGUAUUUCUGCUACUAAAAGUUUCAAUGGUGUCCCUCUCCAUUUUGAAGUAAUCUACAUCCACGCUGGCUGGGAUAGAAAAAUUGCGUUUGGUUUCACAUUUGAUGGUGAAUCAUUUGGUGCUGUCCUAGACAAAAUGGCUAACACUGGCUCAGUAGGAAAAGCUGUUUCAAAAUUCUUAAAUGCGAUUGGACUUCAAGUUGAGAUGGCUAUUGCGUGGUGUCCCUCAUUUUAUGGUUCAUUUCGUACAACAAAAACAACCAGAUUUUCCAAAGAACCAUUAAAAGAUCUAUACAAAAUGGAAAUUCCAGAAGGGCUUACUGCAGUUGCAGCUGUUAGUAUUCCUAAAGAUUGUGAUGGCAGUUCGUUUUGUGAAGUCUUGAAAUCUGUAGUUGGUCCAAAAGCAAGAUUUCGGAUUGCAGGGCAAGUAAAGAAAGGAUAUUACAAAGUCUCGGCUGGUUUUUACAAAAUCAAAAUUACCGGAAACUACUACUUUCAUAAGUUAGAACUGUUUGCAGAGGUAAACACAACUGCUAAUAAGAGAGUUGUCGGUUUUAAAGCAGAAGUUAAGAUACCUGUUAAUGUAGGUGAAAUCAUUGUGGAUGGAAUGAAAAGUGAGCGAUCGCUUGUACUUGGUGGUUCGUUAAAACACACGAUUGGUACGAGUGAUCUUACUGGCACGUUGUAUAUGAAGGGUGGAAUUUGGUACCAUGCAUUUGGAUUAAAUUGGCUGAAUAUUGGCAAUAUCCAUUUAGCAAUUACGAUUACAGUCGGUUCUCCUAUUGGUCUUUCUGGAUUUCAAUUUGGGGCACAGCUUGAUUUUGGAAAAAAUUGCAUAUAUGACGCUGACUUUGCAGAGGAGGGUCAUUGUUUACGUGUUGCAAUAUAUUUUGGCUAUGGAAAGCCCACUUAUUUCUACGGCAGAAUUUCAGCUCUAACUAUUGGUAAACUUGUGCGUAUGUGUGGUGGUCCAACUUCUCUUCCUGGUCCUGUGCACCGAGCCGGAUUUCCGAAAGGUCUCCGGGUAUCGUAUAACCCAUCUGGUAAAGAUGUAGACUUGCGGAGUGCUGGUGGUCCACUCAUUCAAAAUGGCUUUAGAUUGAAGGGUGUGUUGGAUUUGUUUGGUUAUCAGAUCAAAGCGGAAAUUAAAUACUCUGACAGGGAAAUUUACAUUGAUGGAGAAUUGGACCCUAUUAAUUUAGGUGGUCACCUUAUUAUGUCGCGAAACGUUUCUCACAAGAAUGUUGGACCAAAACUUUUCUUUCAUUUCAAGCGUGCAAUGAAGGGUGCACUGAUUUCACUCCCCUACUUCAAGAUGUACUUUGAAGGUUAUUUGAAAAUACUUGGUAUUGAGGCAUCUGCAUACGUGAACAUUACGAUGACUCAGUUAGAAAUACACGUCUAUGGAAAAGUUUGGAAUCUUAUCUACGCAGAGUUGUACGUGGCAGCUGGAUACGAUUACACCAGUAUUUCAGAUGCACAUUUUUAUAUCCGUGUGAUCGUGGAUCUCAGAGGAUUGACAGACGCGAUUGAAAGGGCACGACAGUCGGUAGAUAGAGCUUUCAAAGACGCACAGAAACAACUUCGACAAGCGAUCGACAAAGUAAAGGAAGCCAAACAGAAAUGCAAAGAAAAAUUGAAAAUAAAAUGUUUAAACUGUUACUCCUUGAAGUGCAAGCAAGCCGAGCAGAAUUGUAAGGGUUUUCUUGAUAAAGCUGGCAAGUGGAUAGGUGGCGUAAUCAAUAAAGCGGGCCGAUGGAUUAAAAACACUGUUCGAAAGAUUGGUGAUGGUUUGGCAAAGGUUGGACGAGCAGUGAAAAGUUUCUUCAAAGGAUGGCGUCGACGUCGUUCGCUUAUCGCGCAAAGAGAUGAAAACUUUGACAUUCACAUUCGCAAUCGAAGAUUUAUCAGUAAAUUCGUAUGUGAAGGGAUCGUUGGGGGAGGUUGCAAAGGUGUCUCUCAUCUCUGCUAUGGUACGUGCAAAGCGGUCGAUUUUAUUGGGCAAGGAUUGUGUAAUGUUUUGGACGUUGCAGUUGGAGCGCUCAAGCUGGCAGAAAAAGCAUGUGGAUGGAUUAAUUCUGCCAUACAGUUUUUAAUGCAAAUGUUUUUGGUGCACGGAAUUCGAUUUGAACUCGGCCUUGGACAAAAAUUUAAUGGAUUUAUGGUUGGCGCGGAAAUCGAUUUGACUCUGUUUGGCAACCGAAUGUACUUUGGUUUCCAGUUUGAUCUUAAGAAUCCGUUCAGAAGCAUAAUGAGUGCAAAAGAUGGAAGUUUGUACAGAUACAAAGCUGGUGUGCGACAACUUAGAACCGAACCCACUUUUAAUCCUUACGACCGGCCCAACCCUUUCUCAGAUUUUGAUUUAGCAGGAACAUUUGGUAUUGAAUCCUUGCAAACUGGAACCGAGAAUAGAGUAGGAGGAUGUAUCGCUGCCCUUACGUCUCGUGACCGAGACGAGCUAGUGUUGGUAGGUUGUAAUGCAACAGAUGAACGCCAGCGAUGGACUUAUACUUUGAAGGGUUCGCUCAUCAAUUUGUAUUCGAAAAAAUGUUUGGUUAUGUCAAAGACUGUCAAUGGUAAGGUGUAUCAAAAUAAUUGCGAGAAAGAGACACAGUCUCAGCUACACGAAUGUGAUGUCGUGACAAGAACGUUAAAGUUAAGAAGAAGUAGUCUCUGUAUAACGACAGCAAAAUCUACUCCUAACGGGCCUGGAUCUCUAGUCCACCUUGGUUCAUUGAAAUGUAUCCAUCUUGCUCCUAGUCAGCGUUUGGUCAUCAGAACAGGCUGCCAUCGCGUGGACACCGAAUUUGAAAUCAACUCCCAUGGCCACCUUAUCUACAAAGCUAGAAAUUUGUGUGCGAGACCUUCUUCCAAUAAUGCAGUAUCUGGUGCAAAAAUAGAGAUGGUGUCUACAUCAAGUGGCUGCCACAAAUUUGGUUUUACUAGACUUGGUUCAUUACAGCACAUGCAAUCGAGACUAUGUCUUCAAACCGCGAAACGGGAAAUGCUGCCUAACGAGUACACCGAAUUAAUCCUUGACAGAAAAUGCGAAUUUUCUAUUGCUGCACGUGAUAGUGGAUCUUUACCAGAUCCUCAAAUGACGUUUACGUUUGUUCCAAAAAAUAAUAAGCUUUCCAUGCAGGAAUGCGCGGAUUUCUAUGACUCCCAGUUAGAACAAAGAUUUGCUGUGUUGAAUGAAGAGUUGCACAGCGUUUGUUCAAAAUUUGCUACAGAUGUGGCUCUGAAUAAAAUUGCAUCGCAAUCCAGUAUCCAACACAACGGUUUUCCCAGCAGAGCUGUUGACGGAGAUUUCAAUUUCCAAUGGGAGAAAGGAUCUUGCACACAUACAAAAGAAGAAAUGAAUCCCUGGUGGAGGGUAGAUUUAGGACGGGAAUACAUUGUAACUGAUGUCACCAUAAUUAACCGUGGUGAUCAUGGGGAAAGGUUAAAAAAUAUUCAAGUGCACGUGGGCGCAAGCCUUGUCGUUCGAAGGAAUCCCGUUUGUCAUGAUCGCGUUCGCCAAGCACACGAUGGAGAGGCUGUCCGAUUGCAGUGUGAUCCUCCAAUUCCUGGUCAGUUUGUUGGCAUUCAGAUGUUUGGGAAGGGAACAUUAUCGGUUUGUGAAGUAAUUGUUGCGUCAAGAUUAGGUGGCUUGGCAGAUUGGUGUCAAAUUGAGAACGGUGGAUGUGAACAGAUCUGCAACAAAAAGUGUGGAAGAGAAACCUCUUGCAGUUGUCUACCAGGAUACAACUUAGCUUACGAUGGAAAGACUUGCAUAGACAUCAAUGAAUGUUUAUCAAACAAUGGGGGGUGCCGAUCAGACAAACAAGCAUAUUGUGUCAACUAUCCUGGUGGUUUCUAUUGCGCAUGUUCGAAAGGCUACAUUUUGAAAGAUGACAGUUUGAAAGAAUGUGUUGAUAUCAAUGAGUGUGGAACUAGAAAUGGUGGCUGUGAACAGAUGUGUAACAACACGCUCGGCGGCUACAUGUGCAACUGUAGAAAGGGUUAUGAAAGAAAACCAAACGAUCCUUAUGGAUGUCAGAACGUGAACGAGUGCCUGGUUAAAAAUGGUGGUUGCGAUCACACGUGUUAUGAUUACGACGGAGGACACUUUUGUAAAUGCAAGCCAGGAUUCCGACUAAUGGAAGAUGGAAAAUCUUGUGAAGAACUUUACUGCAGCGUGCUUGAGACUCCUCGAUGGGGGUACGUGUCACCAUCAACAUGCACGAAGAAAUAUCAAAACAUACCCGUUGGUUCAGUUUGUAAAUAUGAGUGUGCAAAGGGUUAUGAAAUAAGCAAACAGACCAAGACCACUACGCUAUCUUGUAGAAUUGAUGGAACAUGGAAUCAUGCUUCAGCAAGCUGCCACCCUGUUAAGUGUCAUAUCUUACCUCGACCGGCAAAUGGAGGUCUCGUACCAUCGCGUUGCCAUGACUCUGCUAAAGGGUACAGUGAAUAUGGCCAACGUUGUGUGGCCUACUGUAAGCAUGGUUAUAGGCUUCGCGGACCUGCAACAAAAUACUGUCAGGCUGACAAGCAGUGGUCCAGUGGUGGUUCCACUGUAGAAUGCAUAAAAGUGAUUAACCCUCCUUAUCUUAACUGUCCAAACGACAUCGAAGCCACCUUAUCUAUGACUAGUAAUUGGCUGACACUGGGUCCAUUGUGGCAAGAACCACAAACCAAUAUAAACGUUUCCGCGCUCCAAGUGUAUCCCCAAAAUGUUGGUUCAAAUUACAAGUUUAAAUUUGGAAAGAACUUGAUUUCAUAUACAGCUGUUCACGAAACUGGUGAAGUAUUGGCGUGCUCUUUCUUCGUCGAAGUGAAAGACAAAACUCCUCCGCUGGUCACCAAUUGUCCAUCUGAUAUAACAAAAACGUCUUCCAAUGAUCGCGAAGUGAUCCAUUGGCAAGAACCUACGUUUUCCGAUAAUGUCGGCAUCCGUGAGAUUAGCAGACCGUAUCGCACACCUGGAAGUAUAUGGGUGAACGGAGAAUCAGCUCGCAUACAGUACAUCGCAACAGACAAAGCUGGCAAUGACCAAAUUUGUUCAUUCACGGUUUCAUUUAAAAGUUUGAUCUGCCCGGAGCUAAAUAGUACGUUAACCACAAAGGUGGCUGCAUAUUUUCCACGCAGAAGAUACGCUGUAUCCUGUCUUCAUCAAAGAACACUUUUCGGUAGUUAUGGUCUUCAGGGCGCAGUAGCCUAUUGCAAAAAUGGUGACUACUACAUUGAGCAGACCAACAUUGGGAUGGUAACACCUGAGUGCGUAGGCUACCUAAAGACAGACGUGAACAGCGCGUGCAAAGAAGGGAGUCAAAAGUUCGUGUAUGAUGAUUGGUUUAGCGGAAAAUCUUAUUACUGUGCAUCAUGCCCAAGUGGAACGUCAUUCAACCGCACAUCAUCCAAUUGCGAGCUAUGCAGAGUAGGCACGUACCAAGACGAGCAAGGUAGCAUUUCCUGUGAAAUGUGUCCACUCGGUUAUUCAACGAAAAUAGAAGGUGCUAGAAACAUAGCGCAAUGUUUGGAAAGAUGUACACCAGGCUACUUUUCUGCAUCUGGUUUAAACGAAACGAAGCAACAUUGCAAGCCAUGUCCAAGAGGGAGUUUUACGUACCUGAACGGUAGUACGGUGUGCACGUCCUGUCCGGAGAAAGCUACCACCAAAGCAGAAGGAGCAAGCGACGUUAGCGAGUGUUACCAGGCGACCACAAUAACACGAACGAACCCAAAUCAGAGUACGGCUGGAUACGAAAAGAGCAACAUUGAAAUCGAAUGUUUCUUUGAAGGUUUGCCAGUCCCUAAAGUCACAUGGUCCAAAGUGAAUGGUAACCUUCCUGCUCUUCGAAAUAUCGACUACAUUUACGACUUAAAUGUUGAUAUCAUUGGUUCUUCCUUGACAUUGUAUCAAGUGAGUACGAGCGAUGCAGGUAUGUACAAAUGCUCGAUCGAUAAUCAGUUUGGACGCGACGAAAAGAUGGUUCAAGUUGUUGUGAUCCCAAAAUUUGCACAAGGUAGAAAAUAAACAUUCUUCGUAGAACUUAUAUUUUCAAAAUGAUACACAAUGAGUUUGUUUGUUUUUUAAACUCGUUCGAUGUGUUUAUUUGGUUUGUAACAUGACUGAAACUAAAACGA